CUUACCGCGGUGAACACGGAAGGCUCCCGGUCAAUGUCACCUCCUUCUACGGUCUCUGUGAGUCUAGACUAUCUUCUUGGCUUAUUACUUUGCCUGUGCUCUGUGUAUCGAAACACGUUGAUUCAGUCAUCAGUCCUUCCAUGAACACAACGGCCGUUCGAGACAUGGAUAUACGAAGCACAGCACUCAGACACUGCUGGUAACCGCCAACUUCGUCUCUCCACAUACUUAUCUGGCACCCGUUCCAUCGUCUUCGGGUUCUGAUGUCUAUAAUGGCUUUGGAUGUAAAUCGACCUUCUUCACAACGUGCAUGUUGAGACCACACCCUCGCUGUCAUGCUAUCUGCCACUUUGGUCCUCAGUAGAGGCAACUUACAAGUCUUCUACUUGACUCUGCUCUUCAUUAUCCUAGUACUACAUUCACCUGUCCACGCUCAAACAUUGGACUCCCCUACACCUGAAAACUUCAUCCGCCGAGCUCAUAAUAGAGAUAUCUCCAAGUCGUGGACCACAUCGAGCGUUAAGAUCAGAACAAUACCACGGAAAGGGCCCGUUGCUCUGAACACAGAGGCAAUAUGGAUCGAUAGCACCGGCAACAGUUUUUACAUAUACGGCGGAGUAACGAGCUAUAACAGGAACGAGAAGGACAUAUCCAAAAAGGGGAUCUGGAAGUUUACCGCUGACGGUCAAGGGGGUGGGAGCUGGUCCCUGGAAGAACCGGCCAACCCAGAUACAUUCACUUCGCUUCGGUAUACGACGAAUUCGGCAUAUGCCUCUUCUGCCGGAAUCGGUUUCUCGAUCGGGGGUUACCAAGCGGGCGACACCGACCCUGAUAUACCGGGAGGCGGGGACAAUGGGCGUUGGCAGACGUCUGGCAUGGUAUCGUACAAUAUGAUGACGAAAGAAUGGCAGAAUCACACAUCAAUCGGAAUGCUGGGACCAAAACAAUCUCUGGAAGACGGCAGGGCGAUCCACGUUCCCGGGUUUGGCCCCGAUGCACUCGUUUUCGUACUCGGUGGCUCUGCCAAAGCUGCUGCAGCUGACCCAAAAGCCUCCUCCCAAGGCCCUCUAGUCAGCUUUGCGAAUGUUAGCUUCUUCGACCCUUCAAGCAAACAAUGGUACUGGCAGACGACAACCGGUGAGGCGCCGAAAGGCCGUGUAGGUCACUGUCUGGUCGGUUCACUGAGCCAGGAGGGGUCAUUCGAGAUCUUCGUGUACGGAGGCUCUACUCAGUCUUAUGAUAGCUCGCUCGACGACCUGUACGUUUUGAGCCUACCUGGCUUUCAGUGGUUUCGUGCGGACGAUCGAUCGGAUACACCACGUGCUCGUGGCGCCUGCGUUGUAGUAGGUAAACGCCAAAUGCUCGCCAUAGGCGGAGUAGACUUUUCAAAAGGGCCCCCAAACUCAAAAUAUUGGCAAGAUCAGGAUCCGCUGCCUCAGGGCCUUGGACUCUUUGACAUGACUGCCAUGAGGUGGGUUAGGAAUGGAAGUUACGACGCAGAUGCGGAAGCGUAUCAGUCACCUCAAGUGGUGCAGGACUGGUACAGAGCUGGAAAUCUUCCAGCGGUUCCGUGGUCGUCGAACGUGGUGAAAGGAAUGUUUUCGUCCGCCAACGUCACUUUCCCAACAGAUGGACCAGUCGCAAUUGGUAAACCAACAUCGAAGAUCAACAAAACAGGCCUUGUUGCUGGCUGCGUGGCGGCUGGAUGUGUUGUUGUGGCCAUCUUCGCGGCCGUGUUUCUCUACAGGAGACGGAGAACAAGAGAAACAAAGCCCUCUCCAUCUCCAAAUCAGAAAGACGAGGGCUUUGUCCAGGCGGAAGAGCCGAAGGAGUUGCCCGUCCAGCCACCUGCAGUGGAGGCCUAUGUUCCGCCUGUUGAACUUGCGGAGGGAAACCAUUAUUGGGAACUCCCCGAAGGUGAACAUCAUAAAGCUACGCCUAGAGUGGAGCUGGAUGCUUAAGGCUUGCCUGGAUUGUGAAUACAAGCAACCAAAUGCGACAAUGAGUACGACCAUGAGCGUUCCCUGUAAGUCUUCACCGUCCCCGUCCUCGGGUUUCCUUGAACGCCUCCCGCGCCUGCUAACAGCGGAGCUACCUGGUCAACCG